AUGAGAUUAAGUCAAAUAAGUGCAAUGUUCUCAUCCUCCAACUCACAAGUAUUAAUAAGCAGAGUGGGAUCAGCACUUCAUAUAAAGCUUAAUAGACCAAGUUAAUUGAAUGCUCUUAAUUUACCUAUGAUUGCAGAACUAAACUAAAUCUUGGAUCAAACAAAUUAGACAUCCUGCAUCAUUCUGAGUGGAGAAGGUGGCAAGGCCUUUUGUGCUGGUGGUGACAUUAAGACUUUAUAUUUUGCAAAGACUUAACCUUCUGAAUAAAAUCCUCCAAGCGCUUUGAAAUAGUUCUUUUUUGAUGAAUACAAAUUGGAUUAUAGAUUGGCAACACUUAAACCAGUAUUAGUGGCUUUGAUGGAUGGAAUAGUAAUGGGAGGAGGAGUAGGAAUGUCAAUCCAUGCUCCUGUUAGAAUAGCUACUGAAAAGAGUGUAUUUGCAAUGCCAGAAGCAAAACUAGGAUUAUUUACGGAUGUAGGAGGAGGAUACUUUCUCUCCAGAUUACCACACAGAUUAGGUUAUUAUUUAGGUUUAGGUGGAUUCAGAUUGAAGGGUGCUGACUUAGUACAUGCAGGUUUGGCUGAUUUUUAUGUAUAAUCAUCAGAAUUACAAAAUUUGAUUUCUAAAAUCGGUACUGUUUAAAGCUAAAACCUCACUGAAGUCAAGAAUAUAGUUAGAUAGUUCUAACCUAGUUAAGUAUUAAGUAAUGUGUGAUAUCUUUUAGAUACCUGAAUUCACUAUCAAACAACAAUUAUAGAACAUUGAACCUGGAUAUUCAGGAGAGAGUUUGGAAUAGAUAUUCAAUAAUCUACAGAACCAUCAUAACCAAAAGUUUGGACAAGAUAAUUUAAAGAUUUUAAAAGAGUAAUGUCCACUUUCUUUGAGAAUCAUAUUUGAAUAGAUUAAAAGAGGUUAAAAACUUGAUCUUAGAGAGAAUUUGAAGAUGGACUAUAGAAUUGUCAGAAGGUAGAUUAUGCACAUAUAUAUUAAUAGAAUUAUGUAAGGAACUGACUUCUUCGAGGGAGUGAAGUAGGUGUUAGUUGACAAAAAUCACGUUCCCUCUUGGUCAUUCAAAGAUGCCUUGACUAUUCCUCAGUCUGAAGUUGACAAAUAUUUUGCAGUUCUAGAAAAUGAAGAAGAGCUUGAUAUUUGAUAUUUUUUAUGAAAUAAUUAUUAUUGGC